AUGACUGGGCACCGCAGUAACCCCCUUCUCUCCCCUCCGUUGCUCCCAGCCGCCCCCCAGGUGAUGCUGCUGCCGCCCCGGCCACCUGCGCUCAGCUCCUCCCCGGAGCCCGUGGACCCUCCACCCAGCCUGCGCUCCUCCCCAGAGGCCAUGGACCCCGUGACCGAGCCUGUGUCCCCGUCCGCCGACCCCGCCACCUCCUCCCCGCCACACUACUACCUGCUCAUCGACACGCACGGGGUGCCCUACAAGUACACAGCGCAGCGCAAGGACGGGCGCAAGGCGGACGACGAGCCCCCCGCGGACGGCACGGAAGAGGAGGGCGGCAGCUGCCCGUGCCACGAGUGCGGCCGCGUGUGCAGCUCCCCCAUGCAGCUCCAGCGCCACUUCUUGACGCACUCCAUGGUCAGGCCCUUCACCUGUGACACCUGUGACCGGGCCUUCAAGCGCUCCAGCGACCUGGCGCGCCACCGGCGCAUGGCACACAACACGGUGCGCCGCACGGGCACCGACCGCCCCUACGUGUGCCCCUACUGCCCACGCCGCUUCCAGGACACCGCCACGCUGGCCGAGCACGUGCCCACGCACUAG